CCGUAGGCAUCUUUAUAUUUCCCGCGAUAGGAGAUAGCUGGGCGGGGGAGGAGGGAAACUUGUAGGAGUCCCUGAGGCGCCUGUAAAUGAGAUGUCUCUGUGGUGGUCGUGGUGGGCUCUGGUUGUCAGUAAUUAAAAAUCUGCAUUUGCCAGCCGCCAAGAGUCCUGAGGUCGAGGAGUCCGGUCUUCGCGGGUUACUCCGUCUGUGGGACUCCAUGAUUGAGAACUUAUUGGGUGAUGUUUGCCAGGGAAUGUGGCCCUUGGUUAGGGUUAUGGAUUAAUUGGUGCUCCAUGACCCAGGAACCGUUAAGGGGCGUCAGUGUACGUGUGAAUCUAAUCCGUAUUUUGGAGUGGUGGUCACUCACUGUCUUGUGCACAAAUUGAGAAAGCGGAGUUUUGGAGGCUCAGAAGCCCUGGCUGGUCCUGGCCAUUCCAGUAAGGGAUAAAGAGUGAAUGAAGAAAGACUUCCAGGAUGUAUCUAUCAUUUCCGGAGACAUCCUUCAUCAGUGACUGAGAUUAUUAGGGCACCUACAGGAGAGACACAGAGUAUCCAGUUGACCAUUUCCCUAAACAGAAGAAAAUGACCAAUGUUUGGGAGCCAUUGACACUGGAGGACGUGACUGUGAUAUUCACAGAGGAGGAGUGGCAGCUCUUGGAUCCUGCACAGAAGAAUCUAUACAGGAAUGUGAUUUUGGAGAAUUACAGCAAUCUGGUAUCAGCAGGGUAUCAAGGCAGCAAGCCAGAUGCACUCUUCAGGUUGGGACAAGGAGAGCCUUGGACAGUAGAUGAAAUGUACAGUCAUAUCUGUCCAGAAAAUGACCACGUUGGUAAUCAUCUACAAGGUGACAUGAAAAAGCAAAGAAUACUAAAGAAUAUGGAACAGUACCAUAAACAUAAUGCAUUUGGAAAUACUGUUCUUCAAAGCAAAAGUCAUUUUGUGUUACAUAUAAAAACUUUCAAGUCAAAUUUAAGUUUUGUCAACCAGAACAAAAACUAUGAAAUUGAGAAUAUUAGUAAAUUUAAAGAAAAUGUGGAGACAUUUAUGAAUGGCAAGUGUGAACAAUUUCAUUCUGCAGUUAAAUUCUCUCUAAGUAGGAAACCCAUUAAUAAGUCCCAAGCCAUUAAGCACCAAAAAUCUCAUGAAAUAGAGAAAAACCAUGUAUGCAGUGAAUGUGGGAAAGCCUUUGUCAAGAAGUCUCAGCUUACUGAUCAUGAGAGAGUUCAUACAGGAGAGAAACCUUAUGGGUGCAAUAUGUGUGCAAAAGUAUUCUCCAGAAAGUCCAGGCUCAAUGAACAUCAGAGAAUUCAUAAGAAAGAGAAUCCAUUUACAUGCAGUGAAUGUGGAAAAGUCUUCACCAUGAAGAGCCGUCUGAUUGAACAUCAGCGAAUUCACACUGGCGAGAAACCCUAUGUAUGCAGUGAGUGUGGAAAAGGGUUCCCAGGCAAGCGUAAUCUCAUUGUACAUCAGCGAAAUCAUUCUGGAGAGAAGUCCUAUGUAUGUAGUGAGUGUGGAAAAGGCUUCACUGGGAAAAGCAUGCUUAUCAUACAUCAGCGAACUCAUACAGGAGAGAAGCCCUACAUCUGCAGUGAAUGUGGGAAGGGCUUCACCACAAAGCACUAUGCUAUAAUACACCAACAAAAUCAUACAGGAGAGAAACCAUACAUGUGCAAUGAAUGUGGGAAAGGCUUUACCAUAAAACGUCGUUUGAUGGAACAUCAGCGAAUUCAUACAGGAGAGAAACCAUAUGUGUGUAAUGAAUGUGGAAAAGGAUUUCUUAGGAACAGUAAUCUCAUUGUACAUCAGAGAAAUCAUAUUGUAGAGAAAUCAUAUGUGUGUAAUGAAUGUGGAAAAGGCUUCACGGUGAAGACUGCCCUCAUCAUACAUCAGCGAACUCAUACAGGAGAGAAACCCUUCAUUUGCAGUGAAUGUGGGAGAGGCUUCCCUUUGAAGAGUCGACUGGUUGUACAUCAGCGAACACAUACUGGAGAGAAGCCUUAUAAAUGUAGUGACUGUGGGAAGGGUUUCAUUGUUAAUAGUGGACUAAUGGUACAUCAGCGAACUCAUACUGGAGAGAAACCCUAUGUAUGCAAUAAAUGUGGAAAAGGUUUUGCCUUUAAGAGCAAUCUUGUUGUACACUGGCGAACUCAUACUGGAGAGAAACCUUUUAUGUGCGGUGAAUGUGGAAAAGGCUUUACCAUGAAACGUUAUCUCAUUGUACAUCAGCAGAUUCAUAUAAGAGAGAAGUCCCAUCUAUGUAGUGAAUGUGGAAAAGGCUUUGUCAUGGAAACUGAGCUCAUUUUGCAUAAGCAGGUUCAUACUGGAGAGAAACCAUAUGCAUGCAGUGAGUGUGGUAAAGGCUUCACUGUGAAAAGCCGCCUAAUUGUUCAUCAAAGAACACAUACAGGAGAGAAACCCUUUAUUUGCAGUGACUGUGGAAAAGCCUUCUCCUCAAAGAGAAAUCUCAUUGUACAUCAGCAAACUCAUAAUGGAAUCAAACCCUGACAAUGCAAUGAAUAAUGCUCAUACCUUUAGGAAGAAAGUAUGUCAUGUACAACAUUAAAUAUUUCACAUAGGAUAGACUUCAUAUAUAUUGAAUGUGGAAAUUUCUACCACAUUGAAGUCUAAUUAUUCACCAGAGAAUUUAGACAGAAGAAUUUAAUGCUAUCACUGUGGGAAAAUCCUCAACAUGAAUUGUCUUCUUAAAUUCUUUGAUGACCCAGUGUAAUCAAAGAACUCAUACUAAAAAGGAGACUGGAUUUAGCAGUUGGGGCUAACCUCAUUUAUCAAGUUUCAUUAAAAAUACACUACAUACGUAAGCAGUGUGUUAUGUCAGGGCACAUAAUCCUUUGCACAUAAUCUGAAUUCAUUAUGUACAAGCAAACUCAUGAGGGGCAAACUGUAUUAGCACUUGAACUCAUAUAUUAGUGUGCUUCUAGCAUACAUGAGUACUGUAUAGUGUACAACAGCAUGUUAAGGUAUGAAAUUAAAUGUCUAUAGAGAAUAUGCUAGUGCCUUAAGUGACUAAGUCAUACUGUAUGUCAUAGGAAAACCUCUGAUACAUUCAAAGUAGAAAUGUCUUGAAAAAUUUCUAAGUAAUUACAUGUCUUAAGUGUAUAUGGAUAUACAAUACAUAUGAAUAGGGAGACUAAGAAAGCCUUGUAUGGGAAGAAAGGUACUUUCUCAUUGGUGAUCAAAAUAGAUUAUCAGUGAGCUGAAACAGUAGUGACAUAAUGAUCAUAGGAAAGCCUUUGCCCAGAAAUGAUAACUUUGUAAUGAUGUAUUUCAUACUGAAGAAAAAUUUCAGGUGGCAAUGUAUAUGGCAGGAUUUCAAUGAUAUAUUCUGUCUCAUUAUUUAUCAUUAAGACACAGAAAUAAAACUAAGAACACACUAAAAGUAUAGUAACUAGUAAAGUCAGGUGUUUACAAAAGUAAAGAAGCUUCAUGAAAAUGAUAUAUUUUGAAGGACUUUUUAUCACAAGGCUAAAGUUAUCACACACCUGAUAACCAUUUGGCUCAUAAAGUUUUCUCAGUGAUUCCACCAUUUUAAAAUGGAUUGUUCUCAGUUGGGUGUCAUGGUACACACCUGUAAUUCCAGCACUGGGAGUUUGAGGCAGGAGGAUUGCCAUGAGUUCAAGGCCAGCCUGGGUUAC